AUGCAAAUUAUAUUAAGCAAAAUUAUUUCAGUUUUAGGAGGAAAUAUUAGCCCUUCAGCUGAGAAUUUGAAAGACAUCCUUAGAUCCGUUGGAGCUGAAGUUGUUGAUGAUAAGAUUGAGUUGCUCCUAUUUGAGGUGAAGGGUAAAGACAUUACUGAGCCUAUUGCAUCUGGAAGAGAGAAAUUGACAUUUGUCCCUUAUGGUAGUGGUGGUGGUGGUGGUGGCGGCGGCGAUGCUGCUGUCGCAGCAGAGCCAACGAAAGCGGAAAAGGUGGAAGAAAAAAGAUGA